AUCCCUACUCAAACUCUAAGCUAGCAUUAGCAUGCCAAAACAAAAAUGGUGAGCAAGAUCUGAGCUAUCCAGCUCCACAGUUUUGAGUAAGAUAGUUUAGAUGAGGAAAAGGAAGACAUACAUGGAUCUAUUCAUCUUCAAAUGAAUGUUUCAGAAUUGUAGUGGAGUAAAGAGACAUUGGUCUGCCUGUGACAGUUGGUGCGUCACAAACCUGAGCUUCUCCAAACCAUGUUUUCAUCUGCUUCUGAGCCAACAUGAUUUGAAUACAGAAAUACCAACAAGUGCAGUUUUAAAUUAUUUUAUACACAUCCUAUCACUAAGUAUCAUAUCAUUAAGUAUUAUGCAUACACAAAUCAACAAUUGUGCACUCAUAAAUCCAAACAGUAAGACAUAAGUUACAUGUCAAGUAUUAGGCACACAUGUUUUGAGACUGUUUUAUCUCCAUACAUCUCUUGGUUCUACAACAGUCAAUAAGUUCUCACGGAGUAAAAAAAAAAAAAAGCACAUAUUUUUGUUCCUUAGUCCGCGUAGAAUCAUAAGCAGAUGUAAAAUGGACUACUUUUUGUGUUCUUGCUUUUCCUUCUUUUUUUAUAUAGACUUUCAUAUAAGACAACAUAAGACCCAUCGUUGGUCCUAUAAGUUGUUCCUUUAGUGCUGACGUACUCUGUGCACACCUUAGAUAGAGGAGAGAGAAACGGAGCGACACAGGAGGGGGAGUCAUUCUGCAAAGACCCAACUUGCAGCCGGGCGCAGAGAGGACGCACGCGGCGCCGCUGGACAUGCAUGCAGCUUCUCCCGCUUCUCCCUGAAGUGAAUGCAUGGAUGAUGACAGCGGGGCUGGCUGAGUAGCGCGCACGGAGAGCCCCCGGCAUCGCCCUGGCGCUCAUCUGACGGAUUUCCCCGGAGCGAUGGACGGCGUGCAGCCAGGAAACGCCGGAGUUGCCGGGAUCGGGGGGGACGCGGAGGGAAAGUACCGCGCUCUCGCCUAUGACACGGCGGUCAGCACCCUGCUGGCCGUGGCCCUGUACGUGGUGGUGAAAGUGAGCCUGGACGGCUUCCGGCAGUGGCGGGCCAGGAUCUCGGUGCUGAUCGUGGGUUCGGGACCCGUGGGGCUGACGGCCGCCCUGGUCGCUGUCCGCUCCGGGAAGGUGCUGAAGCUCACCGUGCUGGACGAGAGGUACCGGAGCGCCCUGCUCUGCCGCCCCCAGCAGAUCGCGCUGGACCCCCGCAGUGUGAAGUUCCUGCUGGGACUCGGAGUAGACUUUGAUAACAUGGAGGGCUGCUGGAAUAACGGACACUUCUUCACCAGAAUUGGAGUUUUUCAGGAGUACCUGCUGAGCAUCCUGGAGCAGAAGAAACAGAGAGUGGAGGUCAAAGUGCAACUGGGAACCAAGUUUUCAGAAGAAUACCUGAGGCGGAUCCCGCACAGUUCUUGGCCCCGUGUGAUCGUGGUGGCCGACGGCUCGUGCGGCGACUCCUGCUCCGUGUUGGGAAUCAGCUCCGACUACUCGGUGGAGUCCUGCCAUGCGUACGGAGCGAACGCCACCAUAGAGAGAUUAGACCAGAGACAGGUUCCCACGCCGGAGAUCCGCGCACACAGUCUCUACUUUGACCUGUCUGCCUAUGGAGUGGAAGCCCUCCGAGAACACAGGAAUCCAACAGCCAAGUCUGGCUUCCACUUAAAGAUCUAUGGUACCUUCAGGAACCGCUACAUGGCUCUUGUCUGCCCAAGUUCUGACACCAAGAUGGUCCGCUUCCUCAGACACACCUCAAACUCAUCUAUCAUGAAGAACAUUUUUUACCAGUCCUUCAACGCCUACAAGACGGACAUCGAACCUCGGCUCAAUGACGUGACGCUUCACCACAUGCAGUGCAGCCGCCGGCUCUUUGAGAUCCAGCUGUCGCACAGACGCAUCAGCGCUGCCUACAUCGAAGGUGACAACGCUGCUGUCAUCGUGGAGGGGGAGGCUGCACGAGUCCUCAAUUUUGACACAGGCUUUGGAGUCAAUCUGGGGAUGCGUGGUCUGGAGUCCGUGGGGACCUUCAUCUACCGGGCAGCCACAGCCGUGGACCAGAAUGAUAUUUUGGAGGCGCUGUCAGCUAAGAUGCAGCACUCCAGACAGGUGGCUGAGACAUUCAAACACACAGGCCUGACCGAGUCCAUGUAUGAAUGAAGGUAACGGAUGGAGGACUUGGUGGAUGGUUAGCGCCCCCCUGUGGGCGGCGGUGCCUUCAUAGGAAGGUGUUCAGUAAAGGGAGAAGCAGACUAAGUGACUGCAAACCUUAAGGAAUCUGUCAUUUCUGUGUUCUUGUGAUGCACAGUUUCUGGGAAGUUUGCAGGAAUCCGUGUUGUCAUUUAUAUUUUUCAACAUUUCAUAUUUUCAGAGGAGCCUUUUGUAUCAUUUUUCACUGGUGCAGUAAAACUACGGUCAUUCAUCAGUAACACUCAAAUGUAGAAACAAACGGAAAAAAACAUUUGACUUAAAGUCAUUUCCACCUGUGUUUAACUCCCUGAAACAGACAAAUGUUGAACUUCAAGCUCAUGGACUGCCUGAUGCAGCAUUUCUGAAGGAUUAAAAAAAAAAAAAAAAAACGAAGACCACACAUGUAAAGCAGGAGGCAGACAGCAGCCGUUUCACCGUGUUUAUCUGAUGACGUGGUGAUGAUUGUCUUUGAGUUUGCUGCAGUGGCCUGUUUCCCUGAGCUGCCUUGUAAAUGAGAUGUUUGAUUACAGGAAUAAGUGGCCUAUGACAUAUAUUGUAUUUUUUAUUUUAUUUUACAUUUUGGUCAUUGUGAUGUGAAAAGCUUUAAUAAAAAACGGUGAUGUGCCAAUAAAAGUUGGGGAAACAUCUACAA